GUGCAGUUUAGAGUGGAAACCGUGUGUGCAAUGACCAAAAGUAUUCGAACAAUUUUAAUGCCACUUCUAAUUAUCAAUUAUGCAUUUGGUUUACGAAUUGUUAAUUUAUCUAGACAUUUAAAAUUGUUUACUGUUUUAUAUAUGAUGCUAAUUUGGUCGAUUUACUAUUUCUUCGCAACAUCUCCCUUGAUAUCUUCUUUUUUUGAGUAUUUUCCCAUCCAGGACAACAUUUGCUAUUGGUUAGAAUCAUUUACAACUUUGUUGUCAAUCGUAUUUGGGGUAUAUCAUGAGAAGAAGUUCCAAAAUUGUUUGAGAAAGUUUGAUAUUGUGGACAACACAUUACUUAGGCUGGGUACAAUAACGAAUUAUGACAAAUUAUGCAAGAGAACAGUACGGUUUAUUUUAGGAUGGUUCCUAGCAGUUAUAUUAUCGACGUACAGUGUAUCAUUAUUCAUAAAAAAUGAACAUAAUCGUGAUGUUGCAACAUCAAUGUUCUUCAUGUUGAUACGAGAUUAUUCCUUUCACCUCAACUUUAUCGGUGAUUUGACUAUUGCAAGUAUUCUGGAAUACAUACGAUUAAAAUUUGAUCAAAUCAAUGAACAUCUUCAUAACAUGACGAGAAAUAACAAGAUAAAACAGGCUUGGGAAAAUUCCGUGGUAUAUCCACACGAACAUAGAUUUUCGAAAACAUUAAGCAGCAAAUAUACGUUAUGGAUUAUUAUACAUCUUCAUUUGGAGUUACGCAAAAUAUCCCGUGAAAUAGACUCAAUAUUUGGAAUGCAGAUGACUUUUAAAAUGGCAUGUUACUUUGGUUGGAUAGCGAAUGACUUGCACGAAGUUCUCUACGCAAUUCUUGUUAACAAUUAUGUAAAAUAUAACAUAAUGUCCGCCACUCUGCACUUCAUCUGGUUUUCUCUAAAUGUUUUCAAAUUCCUGCUCAUUAAUUAUAUGUGCGAAAUAGUCUCCACUAAGGCACAAACAACAGUAGAUUUGUUAAACAAAUUAUUGUAUUCCACUUGUGAUAUUGAAGUUCAUCAAAUCAUUUCACAGUUUUCAUUGUGGGCAAUUAAUACACCACUUAGAUUUUGUGGAAUCGGACUUUUCCAAUUUGGCUUCAAAUUUCUUCACAGAUUUGUAACAUCGCUUGCAACCGUUUCAAUUAUAAUUUUACAAGCACAAGCUAAUAAGUGAAUAUAUUUAUCAAGUUAUAACAGAAUUCAUACAAAGUAGUUUAAAUAAAACUC